CUAAUCUCCCCGGAGAACGACCGAUUCAUCUUACACGACAGCCAAGGCUUCGAACCCGCCGAAGGCAGCAACUAUGAUACCGUGAAGUCGUUCAUAGAGGCCAGAAAGAGGAUGCCACAUAUCAAAGAUCAGCUUCAUGCAGUGUGGUUGUGCUUCCCAGUACCCAUUAUAGAAUACGGCGAGCGACUUUUGGAGGACGGCGCAGAAACGUUCUUAGCGCAAUCGAGCGAAGCCUUAGGGAAUAUUCCGACCGUUGUCGUAUUCACAAAGUAUGACAACCUCUUAGCGUAUAUGUCGGCGGAAGGUAAAGUGGAUCCUGAAGUUGAGGCGAGGCAAUAUUUGCAAAAGCAUUGCGUCAAGCCAAUUCAGGAUUUCUUGAAGAACAAGAACAUUGACAUUCUGCAUGUUGCAGUUAGCUGUGAGUCCCGCCUAUUCCCAUUCGAUUUCUUGCCUAUUAUUCAUCUGGAACAAUGCUAG